GUUUGGGCAAGGGCUUCUCGUCCGUUCUCCGCUUCCGCCACCCCGCUUCCGGCCGCGGGCCGCCCGGGAGCCGCGCUUCGAGGGACGCCGCCGCGGGCGGGCGAGUGCUCACAGAAGAGCGGCGUCGCUGAUCACUGGAGGCACGUGAAGCGGGACAGCUCGAUGGCCGGGAAGAGGACAUCGGGUGCCAGCAGGCAGCGCUGGCUGCUGGGGCUGCUGGUGGCCGUGGGCGCCGUCCACCUCCUCAGCUGCCCCUACUCCAAAGUGGAGGAGAGCUUCAGUCUGCAGGCCGCGCACGACUUGCUCUACCACCGGCUGGACGUGGACAAGUAUGACCACCUGGAGUUCCCCGGCGUGGUCCCCAGGACGUUCCUCGGACCACUGGCCCUGGCGGUGCUCUCCAGCCCCGCGGUCUGCGUGCUGUCCCUGCUGCAAGCGCCCAAGUUCUAUUCCCAGCUAGUAGUCAGAGCCAUCCUGGGACUUGGCGUGAUCUUGGGACUCUGGACUUUACAAAAAGAAGUGAGGCGGCAGUUCGGGGCCACGGUGGCCACCAUGUUCUGCUGGGUGACGGCCACUCAGUUCCACCUGAUGUUCUACUGCACGCGGACGCUCCCCAACGUGCUGGCCCUGUCCGUGGUCCUGCCCGCGCUCACGGCCUGGCUGCAGCUGAAGUGGGCCCGCUUCAUCCGGCUCUCGGCCUUGGCCAUCCUGGUGUUCCGAGCGGAGCUGAGCCUGUUCCUGGGCCUCGUGCUGCUGCUGCUGCUGCGCUCCCGGAGGGUGACGGUGGCGCGGGCUGUGCGCUGCGCCCUGCCGGCCGGGGUUCUCUGCUUAGGCCUGACGGUCGCCGUGGACUCCUGGUUUUGGCGACACCUCGUGUGGCCGGAGGGAAAGGUGCUUUGGUACAACACCGUCCUGAACAAGAGUUCCAACUGGGGCACCUCGCCGCUGCUGUGGUAUUUCUACUCGGCCCUGCCCCGCGGCCUGGGCUGCAGCCUGCUCUUCGUGCCGCUGGGCGCCGUGGACAGGCGGGCCCUGGCGCUGCUGCUGCCCUCGCUGGGCUUCGUGGGCCUGUACUCGCUGCUCCCGCACAAGGAGCUGCGGUUCAUCAUCUACUCCUUCCCGGUGCUCAACGUCGUGGCCGCCAGGGGCUGCGCCUGCCUGCUGAACAACUACAGGAAGUCUUGGCUGUAUAAGCUGGGCUCCGUCCUUGUGGUAGGACACCUGGUAGUGAAUGCCACCUACUCGGCCACGGCCCUGUACGUGUCCCACUUCAACUAUCCUGGCGGCGUGGCGAUGCAGCGGCUGCACGAGCUGGUGGCCCCCGGGACAGAUGUCGUCGUGCACAUUGACGUGGCUGCUGCGCAGACCGGCGUGUCUCGGUUCCUGGAAGUCAACAGUGCCUGGAGGUACGAGAAAAGGGAGGAUGUGCAGCCAGGGUCGGGGCACAUGCUGGCCUACACGCACCUCCUCAUGGAGGCGGCCCCCGCGCGGCUGGCGCUCUACAGGGACACGCACCGGGUCCUGUCCAGCAUCACGGGCACCACCGGGGUGAGUCUGAACCUGACCCGGCUCCCUCCCCUCGACUUCAACCUGCAGACCAAGCUGGUGCUUCUGGAGAGACUCGGCCGGCACCCUGGCAAGUGAGGCGAGACGGAGAGUCGAACGGGGGGCGAGCCUUGUACGGACGCCUCAGAGGACAGGCCGGGUCCUGCACGGCCACCCUGGACACUGCAGGGGCCCUAGGCCUUGCCCGGGGGCCUCUCCCUUCAGGGGAGAUUGUGUGAGACUCUGUGAAGAGGUAACACGGGAACCCCGGCGCUCCCCCCACCCCUGCCCAUGCCCCAAGCUGCGGGAAGAGCCUUCGUGGGCACAGGCACACCGCGCCGACCCAGCUCACGUGAAAUUUUGGGAAUUUCGAGAGGAAUGAGAAUAAAAUUUGAACGUUUCCUUAUUA